AUGCCCUUGUGCCCAAUGGUGCCGAGCAGCGAUGAAGUCAUAAGCCGGGCCGCUGGGGUGCACAUGCCUUCAGGCCCCAGGGUUGCCGGCGCACACGGGCUGUCAAGUCGCCCUUCUGGAGCCGACGUGGAUCACAACAGGGCAUGUCACGCUCGAUCUAGGACCAAAGGAACAAUCGCAGAGGCGGCGAGAAAUCAGGCUGAGGGCAUUGCCGUCCGCUCGGUGAUGCAGGCAACUGCGGUAAUCAGCCUUAAUCAAAGCUGCCAGGCCGCGACGGAAAGGGAUUGGGGAACGCAAGCUGGUGCACCCACGCCUAGCAGAACGCGUCGAGAGCCGACGCGCCUUGCUGCAUGUACUGUAUCCAGAGCGUCCCAAUGGGUGCAAGACCAACACUGGGCCGCGGGAGCGUGA